UCCGGGGGCGGGUCCAUGCCCCCCCAUCCCGGGGGCCGCUCUCCCCGCCCCCCCGCCCGGGGGUUGCGCUUCCUGGGUCAGCGCCGCGGCUGCAUCCGCGCCCGGCCCCGCUGCUGCGCCCGGCCCGGGCGGGGGGAGCCCGGGGGCCGCGCUGGGCUGGAGCCGCCCCUGGGCCGGGCAGCGCCGAGCUCCGCCGGGGGAGCAGCUGAGCCGGGGCCGGCAGGAUUUCUCAUCCCUUGGCCGGACGUGCCCUCCCAGAUGGAGCGAGGGGCAGAGCCGUGGGUCCCAGGUCCCCGGGGUGAUGAGGAGACCCCGAGAGACACCCGCACAGCCGAGGGGCUGAUGAGUGAGACCGAGGAGAAUCCUGAACAGGACGGUCUGGAGCCAGCAGAACUGUACGGGACGUUACCAGGAAGUUCCCAGAGUCCUCAGUGGGGAGCGGCCUGCGAGCGUCAGGAGGACAAUGCUGCGGCGGAGAGACCGGGUGAGUCCGCGCCGUAUGGGGUGUAUUUAAUGGGCCCCCACAGGACUGUGGCCCAGCCCAGAGCCUCCCUGGGAGACAGACUCUUCACCUGCCCCGAGUGCGGGAAGGGCUUCGGCCAGAGCGCGCACCUCAUCCGGCACCAGACCGUGCACACAGGGGAGCGGCCCUACAAGUGCCCCGAGUGCGGGAAGGGCUUCAGCCAGAGCUCGGACCUGACCACGCACCGGCGUGUCCACACAGGCGAGGAGCCCUACGUCUGCCCCGAGUGCGGCAAGCGCUUCGCCCAGAGCUCCAACCUGAUCCGGCACCAGCGCACCCACACGGCCGAGACCCCCUACCGCUGUCCCGACUGCGGCAAGCGCUUCCGCCGAACAUCCCACCUGGUCAUGCACCAGCGCACCCACACCGGGGAGCGGCCCUACCGCUGCCCCGACUGCGGCAAGCGCUUCAGCCACAGCUCCCACCUGCACCGGCACCAGCGCAUCCACACGGGCGAGCGCCCCUACAAGUGCCCCGACUGCGGGAAGAGCUUCGGCGUCAAGUCCACCCUGGUGACGCACCGCCGGGUGCACACAGCCGAGCGGCCCUUCACCUGCGCCGACUGCGGCCGGGCCUUCGCCCAGAGCUCCACCCUCAACCGGCACCGGCGCACGCAUGCAGCCGAGCGGCCCUACCGCUGCCCCGACUGCGGCAAGAGCUUCAUCCAGAGCUCCAACUUGGUCACCCACCUGAUUCUGCACACGGGCGAGCGCCCCUUCCACUGCCCCCGCUGCCAGAAAACCUUCAGCCAGAGCUCCAACCUCAGCCGUCACCAGAGGACCCACGUGGGGCUCAGAGCCCGCCCGUGCCCCGAGUGCGGGGAGAGCGUCCAGCGCGGCACCGGCCUGUCCGCCCACCAGAGACGCCACACGGGCCAGGAGACCCCCUCACCGCCCUGCUAGGGCCGGCUGAUCCCCCUGGUACCCGCCCACCAAAGACGCCACACGGGGCAGGAGACCCCCUCACCCCCCUGCUAGGGCCGGCUGGUCCCCCUGGUACCCGUCCACCAGAGACACCACACGGGAGAGGAGACCCCCUCGCUCCCCUGCUAGGGCCGGCUGGUCCCCCUGGUACCCGACCAUCAGAGACGCCACACAGGGCAUGAGACCCCCUCGACCCCUGCUAGGGCCAGCUAGUCCCCCUGGUAUCUGCCCACCAGAGAUGCCACAUGAGGCAGGAGACCCCCUCGCUGCCUUGCUAGAGCCAGCCAGAGUGAGGAGUGCGCUCCCCUAUGCCCUCACACCUCUCCCAAGUAUCCGGCCACCCCAUCCCUGCUAGCAGCUGAUCAGACCCCUCCUCUGGCUCUGCCAAGCCCAGAUCAGCUCCUCCUCAUGGCUGGGUCCCGGAACCUGCCACCUCCCUCUGAUUCCCCAGGCAUGGAAAACACGGGGGCUGCAUCCUGCCCAGCUGGAGCCUUGUCCUGGGGGGUGCUGCCCUCUCCCUUUGGUGCUCCCCAGGGAGCUGGGUGCUGGGGUGGCUCACGUGUGAUGGGCUGUGCCGGGGCUUGGCUGGCAGGACGGGGAGCCAGUCCCACUCGCUCUCAUUUCCCUGUGUCUCCCCGAGGAGCGUGGCACUGUGCACCCUGUCGGGGUACCCGGAGCCCUUGUCAGGAGCUGCCUGGGGGACUUGGCAAGUGCUGUCACCCCCUUCCCGGCUGUAUUUAACAAGCUGUAUUUAUGAUGAGGCAUUCCAUUCUAGCUCAAUGGAUAAAAGGCCGAUGACGUCAUCCCGGGAUGGCCGAGGCCGCCCAAUCGGGCCAGGAGUCUAGCCAGGUCUCUCCUGCACAUACCUUUGCCUCCUUUCACCUCUUCCUCUUCCUCAGAGAGUUCAGUGCGGGAUAGACCCUGCAAGUGAGCAAUAAACCAUGUAGAAAAGACCAGGAGUCGCUGCGUCGGGAAGCUGCAGGGUUUCUGUCGGCUGAGGGUGAGAGUCACGGACCGGGAGUGAGAGACUGAGAGUGGUGUGUGGGGGGUGGACCAUGAGUCCCGGAUCCCUGCAGUGUGGGGAGGUAGGGGCAGGCAGGGAGCAUGGGGGGAUGGCGGUACAGGGCUGUGGGCUGCGGGGUUUCUGUUGGCUGAGGGUGAGAGUCAUGGACUGAGAGCUAGCAGCUGACCCAGAGGGGAUGGGGGAGACUGCAAGUCCCUCAUCCCUGCAGUGGCGGGGAGGUAGGGGCAGGCAGGGAGCGUGGGAGGACGGCAGUACAGGGCUGGGGGCCGCAGGGUUUGUUUCUCAGACCCGAAUGCAGAUGCUGUGAAUGCUCUGCAUUGGGGAGGGAUGGGAGGCAGCUGAUGAGUGUCCGAUGGAAUUGUGCUGAUGCCAGAGGGAUGAAACAGGCGCCCCAGGAUGGGAGGGGGCGUCUCCUGAUUGCUGGGACCCUGAGCAGGGCUGAGGUGUGUCCCCCCUUCCCCCCAACUGGACCUGUAGCCAGGCCAAGCCUGUCACUGAUGGGAGGGGAAGAAGAGAGUCCCAGCAGCCCCAGCCGGACAGGGACGGCAGAAACAGUCUGUCACCCCCACAAGCAGAGCUGGAAACUCUGGGGGGAUCAAAGCCUCUGCCAGGAUUGGAAAAGCUGACGCUGUCUGUGCUGCUGGUGGAUGAGGGGUUAAUGCAGCAGAGCCCAGUGGCUGCAGCAUGUGGAGCUAGCAGUGCCCGAUGUGGGGCUAGCAGUGCCGGACUGCAAAGGCUGGGGAGAGGCCCAAGACUGGCAGAGGGGUCAGCUCUGGUUCGGUGGCGUUCACAGGCAGAAGUUUGGAAAUGGCAGAAGAUAGUAACAUGGCUCAGACCGGUGGUGUGUGGGGCUGUGCCCUGAAAUGCCUGGCAAGGCGAGCCACUGGGGAAGGCUGCGUGAGGAGUGAAGGCGCGUCUGUCCUCCAGGUCACGGGCAUACGGGCAAGGCCUUUAGAUGCAGAGGGUCACAGGCAAAGCACAUGGAGACUGGUGGAGUUCAAGGCCAGACGGGACCACUGUGAUCAUCUGGCUGACCCCCUGGAUAGCACAGGCCAGAGACCUGCCCUACGAUCAAUAACAGGGCAGAUCUCUGAGAAAAACAGCCAGUUGUGAUUUAAACAUUGUCGGGGAUGGAGAAUCUACCCCAGCCGUUGGUAAAUUAGUUACCCUCACUGGUAAAAAUCUGCACCUCACUCCCAGCCUGACUUUCUCUAGAUAUGAAGUAUAAUGUGCAGAAAAAGAAGAAACUGUCCUCUUAGUAUCUGAAAUCACAGAGAAACCAGCAACCUUUCAGUUAGAGUGCACAGGAACGGGACGGAGGCUAGUGCAGCGUGUAAGAUAUUAACACGUUAGAUGUCUCUGUAGUUCAGACACACACCCCAGUUCAAGUCAGCAUGAAAGUUUUCUCAAGUUUCUCUCCCACAACUAAAACAGAAGUGAGGUUUGGCAGUUAGGGGGUAGCUUUGCGAUCUCACCGAUAGUGUCACGUUACAAGGGAGAGAUCUGAGACGACUCUCUGGCAAUUCUCACUCCCCCUGCGGAGACCGGAUGGCUGCAGGGGAGAGUAAGAAACCGGGCAGAGCAGAACAAGUGACCUAACGACGUUGCUAGUUCUCAGUAGCACUUCAAGUUAGGAGCUGCGUUUAAAUAAGACAACGCAGAACUUCAAUUUCAAUUUCAAUGCAAAGAUCCAAGACAACGAUCUGGAUUUCUGGGACACGAAUCUGAACUAGGAGGGAGAUCAGGGUUCUGGAAGAUGUGUGCUUUACAGGGCCAAAGUCUGACUUCCUUCAAAGCACAGUAAUUCCCUGUGGAACCGUCGCAGUCAGCACGGCCUGUUCAAUCGUCCUGUGCUUUGGUGCAAAGGGGGAUGGUUUUCUCACCUUCCUUUUGGUGUCCAAAGUCUCCUGGCCUGAUGGUAGGGAUGGGGAUUUAUUAUUGUAUUUUUACGUAGCUAGGUUUGGCUAGUCAGACAAGCACUUUCUUUCCUCGGGUUGUGUGUAUUUGGGACUUUGGACCUCUAAGGUUCCAAAACCCAGGUUCUUGUCCAUAAAGGACUUUUAGUUAAAAGAGACUCCCUCUCGGGAGAGCAAAGUUCCUGACCUUUGUGUGUGUAGGAGGGCUCUUCCCGAGUCAGGAGCGAGAUGCCUGGGCAUUCCAGACCUCUGGGGCUUUAGAUGAAGGCUGCUCUCAGGGGAAGAGAGUUGGGUCUCUUCACAGACAGAUCCAGCAAACUGGGAUUUUGCAACAUUUUGUAUAUAGUUAUUUUUCUAUUUAGUUGUAUUGAGGGGCUAGCUCGAUUCCAAAAACCGAUUAAUUUAUUGUGUCAAUCAUCAGCCAUUGGGCAGGCCCGGAUUUUGGGAUAGAUUCAGUUGCAAAUUGUAAAUUUGUCCACUUGGCAGGUCGAAGUGUCACUGCAUGUUUCUUACCUAUCCAGCUGGCCUGCUGGAUCCAGAAAUACCCACCUUUCCAGGGCGUCCGGCCUCCCUGGGAAUUUCUUAGCGGCUUCAGCACUGUUGAUUCAAAUAUACACUGACCGAGUCGUUUAAAAGUCGUUUGGCUCGACUUUCUGUUGUUACUUCCUGUGCCAUUUCAGCAUAGAAAGAGAUCUUCUGCUGUAACGUGGUUUUCUGGGAGUUUUGCUAAAUUGCAGAGUUUCAUGGUUUGUUCUUUUUUCUGCUUGUUCUUAACUUUAAUUUGAGGAGAGUUCAUUCCAUCUUUCUCUUAAGAAUAAGAAGUUUUCCCCAAUUUGAUUGUAAUUUUAAACAACUUCUAGGUUUAUUAUCAAAACAAUCUCCAUGUUCCCAGUAAUUAAAAUAUCCUGGCUAUCCCAGGCAUUAUCCUAAAUAAUUUAAAACAUUAGUAAAAUAAGCAAAAAUUCUAUUUCUAACUCAUAAUAUUGUGUAAUAUCACAUUUGUAAUUAAAAUAACAAUUCCUGUAUAGACCAUCUCUAGAUCAGUAGUAUGUAAAGAUACACUUCCACAUUAAUUCUCAUACUAAUACCAAAAAUUAUUUCUAAGCUAAUAAAAAAAACUAAUUAUAAACAAAAAUUAUAACAAAUUUAGUUAUAUGUAUUCAGGCAAAUUGUAGGAUUUUGUUACAAAAAAGGAAUUGAGAGUUGUUACCUUGAGAAUUAAAUUCUAAUUUAAAUCUGGGAA